AUGUCGUGGAAGUUGACGAAGAAACUCAAGGAGACCCAUCUGGGUCCCUUGGCCAACACCUUCUCCCGUUCGCCGUCGACGUCCACCAUCACCGACAGCAGCGAAAAGGCCCAGCCCAACAUCUCUGGCUCGGCAUCACCCACCAACGAGGGAAACAUUGCUGCCUCUGAGGCCAUGGCACAAGCACCAGUUGUCAACCCCCCGAAGCCCGGCAUCCUCGUUGUCACCCUCCACGAGGGUCACGGCUUCUCCCUCCCCGAACAACACAGACAAGCCUUUGCUUCUUCACACCAAGGUUCGCUGUCCACCGGCGGCGCCCUCAGCGUCGCCGGCUCCGUCCGCCCUUCUUCCUCACAACGGGGCGCCGUCGGCUCCUUCAUCAACGGUGCCGCCCGCCCCCAGACUUCCGGCGGCGGCUUCACCGGUAUCCCCACCAACCAUGGCCGUAUCUCCGGAAAGUACAUGCCCUACGCCCUGCUGGAUUUCGACAAGAUGCAGGUCUUUGUCAACUCGGUCGAAGGAACGCCAGAGAACCCUCUGUGGGCUGGAGGAAACACCCAGUACAAGUUCGACGUCUCUCGCGUGACGGAGCUCGUCAUCCACCUCUACAUGCGCAACCCCCUGGCCCCUCCCGGCUCCGGCCGCAGCCAAGACAUCUUUCUCGGCGUCGCCCGCAUCAACCCGCGCUUCGAGGAGAAGCACCAAUUCGUUGAGGACCCCAAGGCAAACAAAAAGGACCGCGAGAAGGCCGCCGCCGAGUUCGCCAGUCGCGAGCGCGCCCUCGGCCACAGCGGAGUCGAAUGGGUGGACGUGCAGUACGGCACUGGAAAGGUCAAAAUCGGCGUCGAGUACGUCGAGAACCGCGCCGGCAAGCUCAAAAUUGAGGACUUUGAGCUGCUCAAGGUCGUCGGCAAGGGCAGCUUCGGCAAGGUGAUGCAGGUGCGCAAGAAGGACACGAACCGGAUCUACGCGCUCAAGACGAUCCGCAAGGCGCACAUCAUCUCGCGCUCCGAAGUCGCUCACACCCUCGCCGAGCGCUCCGUGCUGGCCCAGAUCAACAACCCCUUCAUCGUGCCCCUCAAGUUUACCUUCCAGUCGCCCGAGAAGCUCUACUUCGUGCUGGCCUUUGUCAACGGAGGCGAGCUGUUCCACCAUCUCCAGAAGGAGCAGAGAUUCGACGUUAACCGCUCCCGAUUCUAUACGGCCGAACUGCUGUGCGCACUCGAGUGCCUCCACGGCUUCAACGUCAUCUACCGAGACCUCAAGCCCGAGAACAUUCUUCUCGACUACCAGGGCCACAUCGCCCUGUGCGACUUCGGCCUUUGCAAGCUGGACAUGAAGGACGAGGACAGGACUAACACGUUCUGUGGUACGCCCGAAUAUCUCGCUCCCGAGCUGCUCAUGGGCCAGGGCUACAACAAGACUGUCGAUUGGUGGACGCUGGGUGUCCUGCUGUACGAGAUGUUGACGGGUCUGCCGCCCUUCUACGACGAGAACACGAACGAGAUGUACCGCAAGAUCCUCUCGGAGCCGCUCCACUUCCCCGGCCACGACGUUGUCCCGCCGGCGGCCAAGGACCUCCUGACCAAGUUGCUCAACCGCGACCCCAAGGAGCGUCUCGGAGCCAACGGAUCGGCCGAGAUCAAGGCGCACCCCUUCUUCCAUGCCAUUGACUGGCGCAAGCUUCUGCAGCGCAAGUACGAGCCUGCAUUCAAGCCCAAUGUGGUGGACGCGCUCGACACGGCCAACUUCGACCCCGAGUUCACGUCAGAAGCCCCCCAGGACUCGUACGUGGAGGGACCGAUGCUCUCGCAGACGAUGCAGAACCAAUUCCAGGGCUUCUCGUACAACCGUCCGAUCGCGGGACUGGGCGACGCCGGUGGCAGUGUCAAGGACCCUUCCUUCGUGGGCAGCAUCCAGGACCGAUGA